GAUGACGUUCAUUUUGUUAAUGUUAAGUUUUCCAUGCGCUUGGUCAGGUAGGUUUAGUUGAGAAUAAUUCGAGUUGCUGAUGAUUACGUAUUGAUAUUUCUUUUGUGUAUUUCAUAAAUCUGUAUCCAGAAACAGAUUUAGAAAAUUAUCAAAAAAGUAUUGGAUAGGCUGAUAUCGGCAGUAAGUUAACCUAUGGUAACAAACGUUUACACUUUGAAGCUGGCUCUUGAAUAAAAGAAAAAUGACUGUAGAGAAAAAAUAUCGCCCUAGAUGUUUCUUUGAUGUAGAAAUUGGUGGACAAAGUGCUGGACGAAUUAUUUUUGAAUUAUUCUCUGAUGUUUGUCCAAUCACUUGUGAAAACUUCAGGGCACUAUGUACUGGAGAGAAGGGAACAGGAAAAACAACAGAGAAGCCACUUCACUAUAAAGGAUCUCCUUUUCACAGAGUUGUAAAGAAUUUCAUGAUCCAAGGUGGAGAUAUCUCUGCUGGAAAUGGAACUGGUGGAGAAAGCAUUUAUGGAGGUACUUUCAAAGAUGAGUGUUUUGACAAGAAGCAUGACAAGUCAUUUCUGCUGUCCAUGGCAAACCGGGGAAAGGAUACUAAUGGGUCACAAUUUUUCAUCUUAACCCAACCAGCCGCCCACCUCGAUGGUAACCAUGUCGUCUUUGGCCACGUAAUGUCUGGUGAAGAGGUUGUCAAGGAGAUAGAGAACCAGAAAGUGGAUCAAGAUAGCCGACCUUUGACAGAUGUCGUCAUAUCCAACUGUGGAGAACUGGUACUGAAACUGAAACCUAAAGAGAAGAAAAAGAAGACAGUAGACGUUUCUUCCGUGUCAUCAUCUGGUUCAGAGAGUGAGGAUUCAGAUGAGGUGAAAUCAAAGAAGAAGAAACACAAGAAGCACAAAAAGAAAAGUAAACAUAAAAAAGAGAAAAAGCAAAGUAAAAAGGAAUCAAGUAAACAAAAAGAAGAAAAAAAACAAAAAGAUGAUGAUUAUGAAUGCAGUAUCCAACCAGAAGAUAUUCCAGAAAUACCUGCUAACCGUUUCCUCCUUCGCCGCACAUCACCCAAUCCUGGUCCUGGAGAUCAAAGAUUUUUAUAUCAAGGUGAAAUGCGGCGCUAUCAGCGCAGACCAAAAAUUUCAAGGUCUGGGAGGAAGAUAAAAGGCAGGGGAUUCAUGCGAUAUAGAACACCUUCACGAUCAAGAAGCAGAUCAGGAAGUGAAACUCCACCUCACUGGAAGCAAGCCCAGGCCAGAGUGAAAUCACUGAGAGAGAAUGAACUAGCCAACCGAAUAGCUCUCGAAGACGAUGAAGCUGGUCAAUUAGAGCAAUCAUCAACAACAGAUGAUGAUGAAGGUGUAAGAAGUGGUGCUGGUGAUGCCUCUGCCACCCAAAGACUAAGGAGUACAGCUGCUGCAAAUGGAAUAGCUGUUAGAAAAGAUUAUGAAUCUGAAAGUAGGCGAGAUCGAAAGGAUGUUAACCAUGAAAAAGCUGAUAAAAUUGCAAGAACAGAAUCCACAGAAGGACGUAGCACACUAGACAAAAUUCCAAAGGACAAAAAAGAUGGAGAAAGAAUCAAAGAAAGACAACGAAGUAGAUCAAGAGAAAGAAACAGAGAUCCUUCUAAGGAUAGGUAUCGGAAAUCCGAGGAGAAGUCUCAGCGUGAUGAAAAAAGAAGUAGGCAAGAAAAGAGUGAUCUUUUAAAAAGAGAGAAAAAAACAAGAGACAGGUCGGAAAGAAGUGGAGAAGACAGAGAGUUUAAUGAUACCAAAAAAAAUAAAGAGAAAUAUAGGGAUGAUAGCGAUAAAACCGGUAAACGUAAGAGUUUAGAAAAAGAUCUUAAUGUUAAAGAAAGUCACCACCGAGAGAAACGAGAAAGCAACAGAGAGGCCAGGCACCAAGAAAAAAAAGAUAGUAACAAGGAAUCCCAUCACCAUGACAAAAGAGACAGUAGUAAGGAAACUCAUCACCAAGAUAAGAGAGAGAGCAGCAAGGAGACCCACUAUAAAAAUAAAAAUAAAGAGACUUACUAUGAGGAUAAAAGAGGAUUUAGUAAGGAUCACCUCUACCAAGAGAAGACUGAUAAUAUUAGGGAAGCUCGCCACCAAGACAAGAGAGAGAUUAGUCAAGAAACUCAUCAGCAGAAUAAAAGAAAUAGUCAUAGGGAAGUUUAUCGCCAGGAAAAGAAAGUUAGCAGUCGAGAGUCUCAUCAUCGUGAAAAAAGAGAAAGAGAUGAUCACCUCCAGGAAAAGAAUUAUCCUAUUGAAAAUGAAAGAGAAAAGAAACAAAAUGUUUCUUCUAAAGAAAUAAAUGAAAAAUCAACACAUCUUUUAGUUGAUGUAGAAAAAGAUAAUCAUAAUAAAGAAACUGAUACUAAAGAUCAUGGAGAUAUUGAUGAGAGUGACCACAAAACACCAGAAAUAACACAAAAAGAGAAAACACCAGUACACAAUAAGAGCAAGGAUGAAUUGUCAUAUGAUGUUGAGAAAAACAUUUUGAUCGAAAACACUGAACCUGACUCAAAAAUAGAAAGCCCAAAGCUUCAUGAUGAUCAAUCUGAUACAGAGAAACCCUCACUUCAGGAGAAAGGUAAUGAAAAUGAAGGAGGAGUCCUCUCUCCAGAACUUCAGGAAGCUACAGAAUAUAACCAUAAAAAAAAUUAUGCUGAUAUAUCAAAAGUUCCUGACAGUAAUGUCAAGAAUUCUUCAGUGGAAACAGAAGCUGUUACUAGUUUUGAGAUAGAGAACCUUCCAGAACAUAAAGACAGUGCUAAUGAUUAUUCUAUGGUUAAAUCUACAAGGGAAGAUCAACACCAAGAUGACUUUUCAAAGGAAAAAUGUGAUAAGGAAGAAAACUAUAUAUCAAAAGAAGCCAACAAACAGACUGUUGAACAAGAAGAACACCAUACCUUAGAGAGUGUUUUUCUUCCUAGUGACAUACCACUGCCAGAUAUGGAACCUCAAAAACCACCAAAAGAAUAUACAUUUCCAGAACCACCAAAAGAUAUCAGUUACCAGGCAUUAUCAGUUGAUAUGCAGGAAAAACAUAUUCCAAAAGAAACUGUCUCUAAAAAACUAGUUACAGACCAGAUGAAGCUUAAAGAAAAUGUGGAAGAUUUCUCAAAAAGAGAAUUUUUAGAUCCUUCUGCAGUAGAGUUAAAUGAAACGAAUGCAUCAUCUGAAGUAGAAAAUGUUUCAGUACAGGAAGAACAAGAUUUGAAAAUAUUGCCGGCUGACAAAAAUCUAAUGUCUAAUUUAAAUGAAAUCCCUGCUGUAGAAAAGACUGAGGAAAAAGAUGUGACAGUCAUAACUGGUACUCCCACACCCAAAGAAAGCAAGAGUGAACAUUCUAGUAAGCAGAAUAAAAGUAAAGCAGUAGAAGAUGACACUCUAACUUUACAUAUAUCACCUGCUGAACCAGAAACAAAGGAUACUGGGAGUCACCUUGAAAAUAUACCUCCUCCAGCUUUUCAUAUACCUCUUCCUGAAGAAGGUGACUCUUCAGUUUAUCAGAGCUCUGAAAAUGUGUUGGUUGCAGAAAGCCAUAAGGAAAUUCCCGAGAAGGAAAACAUACAAGAGGAGAAAUUGGAAUUCAAGCCUGAAGACAGUGAUCAACAUGUUAGAAAUAAGAAAACCUUAUUUAGGGAAAGAAAAAAUUCCAGCAUGAAAAGAAAACAAGAAGAAAAAGAUCAGUUAGUAGCAGUUCCAGAAGUAGUAGCAGCAGCUCUAGUAGUAGUAGCAGUUCUGAUAGCUCUAGAAGCAACAAAGGUCUUGAUAAGGAUAAGAAAAAAGGAAAAAAGGUAAACGGAGUUCUUCAAGUAGCUCUAGGUCAAAUUCCUCCAGUGAUGAUGAGAAAUUCAAGUACAGAAGUAAUCUCAAGGAAAAAAAGCAGAAAGUAUCUUCAGUUGAUAGCACUAAAAAAUUUGAAUCCAAAAGUCAGAGUCUUAAAAAUGAAGGAGAGAGUAAGGAAAAAGAAGUUUCCAAAUCACGAAACAAAAAGAAAGUCAAAUCACAAGAUGUUUCAGAUGACGAAAAAGUUGCUCAGAAGAAUGUUGUUAAUAGGUUUGGAUCUGAUGAUUCUAAACAAAAAGAACAGAAUAAGAAAACUAAA